AUGGCCACCCUCAGCGUCCUCGAGUUCAAUCCUGAGGGCAGUCCGAUUAAGUUUGAGACUUGGCUUCAGGACCUCCAGCUGUACCUGCUGAGCGAUUCGAAAGACAAUGUCACACUGUUUGACCUCACCUCUGGAGCCUGUCCUACCCCUCCCGACACUGCUGACAGUACGACUCGCUCCCAGUGGCUUACUCGUGACGCUGCCGCUCGCCUAGCCGUUCGCAACCACCUGCCGAUAGCCGAACGCGCUCAUUUUGACCAGCCUAAAACUGCCAAAGCUCUGUAUGACGCUGUAGUCGCCCGCUACUCUUCCCCUGCCACUGCAGCUCUCGGCCGCCUUAUACUGCCCUACCUGUUUCCCGAGCUGUCCUCCUUUGCCACAGUUGCGGACCUCAUUACCCACCUUCGCACUAGCGACGCUCGCUACCGCGCUGCCCUCCCAGCCGAGUUCGUCCCCAAGAACGAGCCCCCGAUUUACAUCACUCUCUAUUUUAUAGUCACCCACCACCCUGACUCUCUUCGCGCAGUCAGGGACCACUUUCUCGCCCUUAACCCCACCAAGAUCACUAUCGACCUGCUCGAGGAGCACCUCCUUGCAGCUGAGACUAGUGCAGUCGCUGUAGGUGCUACUCGUGGCACUCCUCGCACGCCCUUCUUUGAGGGGUGCUCCCCCUCCCCCCUUGCCCCCUCUGUUGCUUCUGCUGCUGCUGUCGACUUCCUUGGUGCUGAGGAGGUCGGUGCUGCCUCUGCUCCUAGUGGGAAGCGCCACAGCAGCACGGGCAAGAGAGGCAAGAGCGGGGGGGUGGCGGCGGGGGGGGGUGGUGGUGGAGGCGGUGGAGGCGGUGGCGGUGGAGGCGGUGGCAGUGCGAGUGGUGGCGGGAGUGGUGGAGUCGGUGGCGACGGUGGCGGCGGUGCUGGGGGUGGUGGUGGUGGUGGCAGCAGUGGGAGUGGUGGCGGCGGUAGUGGCGGCGGAGGGGGUAGUGGCGGCGGCAGUGGUGGUGGUCGGGCUGGAGCCAGUCAGCGGCAGCAGCAGCAGCGUCAGGGUGAGACCCUCACGCCCCAGCAGCUUCAGCAGUGGUACGCUCAACGUCUGGCAUCUAGGGGUAGUGAUCGCUGCCCGUAUGUCAUUCGCACAGGGGACCGCGCUGGUCAGACAUGCGGGAAGUUUCACACCCAGCACCGCUGUUUCUCCCGCCUAGACGACGCUUGGCGCACUGAGUAUGGUGAUGAGGUUGAAAUGCCCCCUGGGAAGAGCUGCUUAGGGCUGGUGUUGAUAUCUUUGCUCUUUGACGAUGAUGUUAUUCUUGCUGGCAUGUAUGCUAUGACUGUUAGUGCUGAGGGUGACUGUUACUUGUGUGUGCCGCCUGACCCAGGUAUAGAGGCUGCUGCUCUAGGUGCUAGUGAGUCUGCUCUACUGCGCCUUCUGAUGCCUUACACACCUUCACGCUUGACUCAGGUGCUUCUCGCUGUUUCUUUCGCGACAGUACCACAGUCACACCACUCACUAGACCCGUUGCAGUUUCCCUGGCUGACCCCUCUGGGGGCCCGGUUCUUGCACGUUCCUCCACCGUGCUCUCGUAUCCAGCGGUUCCGUCCGGUUCACUGUCAGGUCUCCACCUCCCCUCGUUCUCGACGAACUUGGUGA